AACCCUAACCUUCUAAAUUUUAACAACAAGCGUUUUUUCCUUGCUCCGAAUUCCCAAUCCCUAGAUCUCGCCCAACAAUGGCGUCUUUCGUCAAGUCUGCGUUGCAGUCGUUGCGGAAGUAUAUCAAGAAGCCAUGGGAGAUCACAGGUCCUUGCGCCGACCCCGAGUAUCGGUCAGCCAUUCCCAUGGCCAUGGAGUACCGCCCCUUCAGUCCGGCCACACCGCCGGCGAAGGUCUGCAUCCCCACCUCCGAGCCCGAGACCGUCUUCGACAUCAAAUACUACACUCGUGAUAGACGCCGCAACCGCCCUCCCGUUCGACGAACCGUCCUCAGGAAGGCUGACGUCGAGCGGAUCAUGGCAGCCAAGACCUUCGGCUCUGAUGAUUUCCCCAAAGUGUACCUUACUAAGACGAUCGAAGAGGACCAAAACACCCACGGUGGUGGCUAUCAGAAGUAAAAAAAAGGUUUCAAGUCGUUGGGCUCGGUCUUUGUGGUCUCCAUUUCUUUUGCUGGAUUGAACUAUGGAAAGGUGUUGUCCCACUAUGUUUUCUUCCUUCAUAGAACUGAUAUUGGCAUACUGUCGACUGAAGCUUCUUCAGAUAAGAUAAUCUGAUAAAUGCCUAGUUGCUAUAUAUAUUGCCCUUUUGUCUUUCUGGAUGUUGCUCGUCCUGUACCUGCAGGCCAAUACUUGAAUAAUGUGACCAUAAUGAUUGGCUUAAUUUGUUUCGUCUGCUAUGCUGCUUCAAUCGACUUUCAAGUGUUAAUGUGAUCACGUAGAACUGAAAUUUUGGUUGAAGCACAGAGAAGACUUGAAUUAUUUGGUAUUCAUUAUUAGAAUUUUGCAAUUUUUUCCAAA